AUGAAACCACAACACAAGUUGACUACUCCGGACCAGUAUGACAAGUUGGUGUGCGCUGAAAUACCAGACCCAGUUAAGUAUCCCAGCUUGCACGAAAAGGUUGUUAGACACAUGAUUCACGGACCUUGCGGAUCUUUAAAUCCAAACAAUCCAUGCAUGCAAGGCGAACCAAAACAAUGUCGUUGGCAUUACCCUAGACAAUUUAACGAACACACCAUACAAGGAGAUGACUCAUAUUCUUUGUAUCGGCGGAGAAAAAACGGAAUCAAUGUAACAGUAGGUAAACAUAAUGUCAAUAAUAGAUGGGUCGUUCCUUACAACCCGCGGUUGCUAAUGAUGUUUAACUGUCACAUGAAUGUGGAGAUCUGCUCAAGUAUUAAAUCAGUGAAAUAUGCAUUCAAAUAUGUUUUCAAGGGUCAUGAUAAACAAUCUGUUCAUGUGGAUCCCGAUCAAGAAGGAGUUGUAGUUAACGAGAUCAAAAGAUUUCAAGAUGCACGUUAUGUGUCAGCUCCAGAGUAUGUUCGAUUCAGGGAAUAUGCUAGCCUUAGAACCACUGUAGAAAGGGAGCAGGAUAAAAGAUCAAUGCUGACUGCCUUUUUUGAGUUGAAUAGCGUUGACCGAAAUGCAAGGCAGUAUUUAUAUAAAGAAAUUCCAGAACAAUACACAUGGAAUGCAAGCCAACUUCGUUGGAAACCAAGGGAGGGUGCAUUAAAAAGGGGACGAGUCGUUUCAGCAAACCCAACAGAAGGUGACCAGUACUACCUACGCCUACUUUUGACGCAUGUUAGAGGGCCAAAAAGCUUUGAUGAUCUUUACACAGUUAAUGGUGAAAAACACUCGACGUUUAGGAAGGCUGCUCUCGAGAGAGGAUUAAUUGAGAAUGAUGAUUGUUUGACACAACGUCUUACAGAAGCUUCUUUAUUCCGGUUUCCAAAUUCUUUGAGAAGGUUAUUUGCGACUAUUUUGAUUUUUUGUGAGCCGGGUGAUGUUCGAAAAUUAUGGGAUGAUCACUAUGAAACACUUUCUGAAGACUAUAGAAGACAGCUUAAUAAUAUUGAGCAAGUUCAAAAUGUGGUCCUUAGAGAUAUAUCUAUAUUUCUUCAAUCCAUGGGUAAGAGAAUCAAUGAUUUUGACCUUCCUGAUAUAACCACAAGUUCUCAUUAUGCAGACGAUUGUCGUGAGCUACAAGAAGAAUAUUCUAUUGUUGGCGAAGCUGACCAUCUAUGGUCCAGGUGGAACGGGGAAAACUUAACAUUCUUGUACAAGGCUUUGCUUGCCGAGGUUCGUUCCCGUGGUGAAAUCGUCCUUGCUACUGCAUCAUCCGGUGCUGCGGCUAACAACAUGCCUGGUGGUUGA